UGCAAAUGGUUUGAUCUUUUUUUUUUUUUUAAUUUUCAUUUUUACAAUUUUUUUGGCUGUACAUUUAGUCUCUCUUUGAUCUGUUUUCUGACUUCAUUUCUUUGGUUUGGUAAUAAAUUUCCAUUGAUUUUAUUAAUGGAAUGAAAUUUGAACUAAUUUAGAUACAAAUUUGAUAUCGCUGGGAACUAAGUUGGAGUGAAACUAGAAAAUCGAUCUAAUCGAAGUAACAGCUUUUUAUCUGAAAUGUUUCAACUGUUUCCAUAGAUUUCUAUUUGGUUGCUGAGAGAAGAUUAUGGAAGAAGUUAAAAGGAAAUUUUUGAACUAAUUCGACUUUCAGCUGUGGUUAAUGUAGAGAUAGCUUCUCAGCUUCCAAUUGCAUUUAAAAGGGAAAUUAUAUGAUUUAUGAUAGAUAAAAGGAAUUUCAGAUAGGUGAUGAACGUUAUUCUGUUAAGCAGCUUUGAAGAUUUUAGGGGUAUAGAUUGGUUUCUCUGAGUUCAACUCUGUUUUCUUUUUCCGUUACUUCUGCUUGCUUUUUAUUGCUAUUUGGUUUUUACCAACGCAAGAGUUACCAUAGAUCAAAAGUCGUCGGUGAAACGCAGAAUCAUUCAUUAAAAGUGAACAAAUGACUAAAUUGCUAAUAGAAUUGUUCCAUAUAGAAGUAAGAUCGUUUAUAUUAUUAUCCCAAAGGUUAAAGCUUUAGUCUAAAAUUUGUCAAAAGUAUUGUUUGCUUUUGUAUUCAAACUCUCAGUAAAAUCAUCUCAGUAUGCAGGGUUUUCAAUUGUUGAAGUUGAUUUAUGUCUUAACUCUUAAUGCGUAAGCUGGAAUAGAACUCUUUCUAAAAUAAGCAGUACAUGAAGCAGUAGAAACUUUCAAUCCACACUGCCAUGGCUUUUUAUCUGUAUUAGUUUCCAAAAAAUGCAUGAAAUAGAAACUAUGUCUUCUGGCUUAAGUCAUAUGUUGCAGUAAAUCAAGUAGUUAUAUUUUCAAUGCAUACUUAGAUGUUCUUUUUUGUUUCUUACAAGCUCAUUUUGCUGUGAUUAUAUUUUGAGGGAUUUGUGUAUAAGAAAUAAACUAGUCUUUCCUGACGCUUGUAAAGGCAUGUUUGUGUUUGGAUAAAGGUACCAAUUCCUCUGGUAUGGGGAAUACAGAAUCAGGAUAUGAUGAUUCUCAUACUGACUUUUGGCAUCAACCUUCUUACGAACCUCCAUCCCAUGCAGGAAGUUCAAUGGAACACAUCCAUCGACCUAGGCAGCAAGCUACAUUUAUACCUGACAAUUUCAGCUCUUUGGAUCAGGUUAUUUCUGCAUUGAGAGAGGCAGGACUUGAAUCAUCCAAUUUAAUACUUGGUAUUGACUUCACAAAAAGCAAUGAGUGGACAGGAAAAUAUUCAUUCAACCGAAGAAGCCUUCAUGCUAUUGGUAGCUCACCUAAUCCAUAUGAGCAAGCAAUCUCUAUAAUUGGCCGUACUUUAUCUCCUUUUGAUGAAGAUAAUUUAAUACCUUGUUUUGGUUUUGGUGACGCAUCAACGCAUGAUAAAUGUGUAUUCAGCUUCUAUCCUGAUCACCGAUCUUGUCAUGGUUUUGAGGAAGCUCUUGCACGGUACAGAGAGAUUGUUCCACACUUAAAGUUGGCAGGUCCAACUUCAUUUGCUCCAAUUAUUUAUGCCGCAAUUGACAUUGUGGAUAGAAGUAAUGGGCAGUACCAUGUUCUUGUCAUUAUUGCAGACGGGCAGGUUACAAGGAAUCCUAGCACACCACAUGGAAGGUUGAGUGCACAAGAACAAGCAACUAUAGAAUCCAUUGUUGCUGCUAGCCAUUAUCCUCUCUCAAUUAUUUUGGUUGGAGUGGGUGAUGGACCCUGGGACUCAAUGCAACAAUUUGAUGAUAACAUUCCACAUCGCAGCUUUGACAACUUCCAGUUUGUCAACUUUACAAAAAUCAUGUCUGAGAACACAGAACCAUCAAAAAAAGAAGCAGCCUUUGCUCUUGCUGCCCUCAUGGAAAUUCCAUAUCAGUACAGAGCUACCUUGAAUAUUCAUUAUGAUAAAGAAUCAGUAGGUGGACAUCAUAGACCACUUCCACCUCCACGAGAAGUGAUUGAUCAUGAUAAUGCUGUUCAAUCGAUCCCACACAUGGCAAACUAUGAAAUAGCGGAACCAACAGCCCCAGAACAACCUGUAAUAGGUUCCCAAGCAGAGCCGGUCUGCCCUAUCUGCUUGACAAACCCAAAGGACAUGGCUUUUGGAUGCGGUCACACAACUUGCAAGGAUUGCGGAACGACAAUUUCAUCAUGCCCAAUGUGCCGACAGCCGAUAACGACACGCCUGAGACUGUUUUCCUGAUUGAGAGAGGGCUUUCCGGUUCUAGUUGUUGAAUGCUAUGAAACAUAUCAGGACACCAACAACAUCUCACAGAACAAAGCUUGGUUUUUCCUUUUUUCCCCCUUUCAAAGGUCCUACUUUGGAAUAUUUUGCUUCCGCAUAGUUCUUUUCAUUUAUUUUGUUACAUGUAAUUGUUUAUUUUUGCAAUGUCUAGCAAUAUUUUAGAACUGGGUGGUUGGCGGAUUGUUAAAUCAGAUUUUACUAUUAUCUAAGUUUUGACAUAAUAUUAAAAAGUUCUCUGAAUUAUUCAGAAAAAUUUGAAUAA